AUGUGUCCCAUCUCUGUUUCUCCCACCUGUGUCUCCCCACCCGUGUCUCCCUCACCUGCAUCCCCACCUGUGUGUCCCAUCUGUGUCUCCCCACCUGUGUCUCCCCAUCUGCGUCCUCACCUGUAUCUCCCACCCCAUGUCCCCACCCAUGUCCCCACCUGCAUCCCCACCUGCAUCCCCACCCAGUCUCCCCAAUCUGCGUCCUCCCAAUCUGCAUCCCCACCCAUCCCCCACCUGCGUCCCAUCUGUCUCCCCAACUGCAUCCCCACCACCAGUGUCCCCAUCUGUGUCCCAACCCAUGUGUCCCAUCUGUUCUCCCAACCUGCAUCUCCCCACCUGCGUCCCCCAUCUGUGUCCUCCACCUGCAUCCCCACCUGUGUCCCCAACCCGUGUCCCCCAAUCUGCAUCUCCCAUCCGUCUCCCACCAUGUCUCCACCUGGGGUCUCCCACACCGUCUCGUGUCCCCCCACCCGUGUCUCCCCACCUGUGUCCCCAACCUGUGUCCCCACCCUGUCCCCCAUCCAGUCUCCCAACCUGUGUCCCCAACCUGCAUCCCCAACCCACAUCCUCCUCCUGUGUCCCACCUGCAUCCCCACCCGUGUCCCCAACCUGUGUCCCCAUCCGUGUCCCACCCGUGUCUCCCCAAUCUGCAUCCCCCAAUCUGCAUCCUCCUGUCCCAUCUGCAUCCCCAAUCUGCAUCUCCCCAACCUGCAUCCUCCCCAAUCUGUGUCUCUAACCUGCGUCUCACCUGUGUCUCCCCAAUCUGUGUCUCCCAUCCAGUCUCACCUGUGUCUCUAA